UUAACAGAUGACCGCGUCGAGAGCAUCUGUCGCUCUCCCUGCGCGCCGCACAACAACAAAUAUGUGCGUUUUCACAUUAACAACACUUUUCAAGCCGACGAGAUAGAUUUCCACGCAGGAGGUGUCGUUCUCCCGCACUCCACUCUCCUGCGUGUCAAGCAACAGGCUGCAGCAAUAGGAUGUGGAGUCGGUGCGCCGCUGAAGAACAUUACCACCUGUAACUGUGCCAGUAAUAACCUGCUUCAUCCGCGACUUUCGUGCCGACGCCGACGAUGAAGAAGCAAAACGUCCGGACGCUGUCGCUCAUCCUCUGCAUGUUCUCCUACCUGCUGGUCGGCGCCGCGGUGUUUGACGCGCUGGAGUCGGAGACGGAGAGCUCCCGCAGGCGCGUCCUGGAGCAGAAGCGCAACGAGAUGAAGAAGAAGUACCGCUUCUCCGAGGACGACUACCGCGAAAUCGAGCGAGUGGUGCUGCAAGCGGAGCCCCAUCGCGCCGGGAGACAGUGGAAAUUCGCUGGCUCUUUUUACUUUGCCAUAACAGUCAUCACGACCAUUGGUUAUGGACACGCAGCACCAGGCACAGAUGCAGGAAAGGUCUUCUGCAUGUUCUAUGCAGUGCUGGGCAUCCCCCUCACUUUGGUCAUGUUCCAGAGCCUGGGAGAAAGGAUGAACACAUUCGUCCGCUACCUUCUCCAUAAGACCAAGCAGUGCAUAGGCUUUCGAUGCACUGAAGUGUCCAUGGAGAACAUGGUCCUGGUGGGCUUCCUGUCCUGCAUUGGAACGCUGUGCGUGGGAGCUGCAGCUUUCGCCCACUUCGAGGGAUGGAGCUUCUUCCACGCUUACUACUACUGCUUCAUCACGCUCACCACCAUCGGCUUUGGGGACUUUGUGGCCCUGCAGAAAAAGGAGGACCUCCAGGAGAAGACACCCUACGUGGUGUUCAGUUUCAUGUACAUCCUGGUGGGGCUCACCGUUAUCGGGGCCUUCCUUAAUUUGGUGGUGCUUCGCUUCCUCACUAUGAACACUGAGGAUGAGAGGAGGGACGCUCAAGAGAGGGCGUCGCUGAAGAGGGACAGGGGCCUUUUGGAGGAUGCGGCGACUCUUCAUGUUGUGGGUGACCAAAGCAGAGGCGGCCACAGGCAGAGAAACCGGGGCAACGUGGUGCACAGUCGCAGCCACAGCACACUCUUCCUCCCAAUGGAGGAGGGCACCAGCCGCACAAAUCUCAUUGCUUCCCCAGCAGAAGAUCAGGAGCAAAGAAGAAGAAGAAGCCCCUGCAGACACAGGCUGCAUUUUCAGAUCAAGGCGGGAAGGGGCAGGACGGAGUCGAGCCUCAGCUCCCUCUGCUCCUGCGUCUGCUACCGCUUAGGGAUUUGUGACAGUCCUCUCAUGUCCCACAGUGAACACCACAGCUGUCAUAUCAAUUCUGUUUACUACAACUCAGUCUCUUAUAGCAUCCAGGGCUGCUCGCCGGGUUCAAGGAACAACACUGGACUCUCUUCCCCAGGAAGCAUGCUCUCUCCGGGGCACAGCUUCCGGGAGUUUCCUCGUUUGAGGAGAAAGUCAGUGUAAAGAGCAGGAUGUGAUGGAGACGGGAUGGGAAGGGUUUGCACUGACUGUGAACCACAUUCGACAGUAGUGUGUAACUUCUAAACGGAAAAAAAGUCCCUUAGAUUUAAACCAUUGUCAAACAAGUUCACACAAUUGAUUGAUUGAGCUGAUUCAUUAAGCCUCUCUCUGUGUUUCCCAGUAUUGCGGUGUUUAGAUCUCAUUCCCACACUGUAUCACUGAAGUAUGGCUGAAAACACACCCACAAAACAUCUCAGAAGUGAAUUCUACUGCUCAAGAAACCCAAGUCAUUCAGCCGUUUGACAGGAUAAAUGCUCUUUUGAUCGCUGCAAUGCCGCUGUAUACAC